AUGCCACCAUUCUUUAGUGAUUUUUAUGUUGUUAUAAUCACCUAUUUGAAAUUAUUAGGUCUGGUCGCACUUACAACUCUCAAGGUUGUUGGGCCUAGCACAUGGAGCUACUGGUGGCAAAAAGUAAAUGAGUUUACGGGAAUAUCACAAAAUAUAGCCUGCUUCUUAACAAGUUUCCUGCGUCUGCUGUAUCGUGAAUAG